CUUGAACUGUUGAAGAACAAUAACUUCCCCGCUGGACCCAUUGCACUCGACUGCGAAAUGGUUGGAGUAGGAAAUAACAAAAGAUCCGCACUGGCAAGAGUCAGUAUUGUUGAUUACACUGGCAGAGUUAUUUAUGACGUCAUUAGUCGUCCAGAUGAGCCAAUAACAGAUUUUAGAACUAGGUAUAGCGGAAUUCGACCAAUCGAUAUGGAAGACGCACUGUCCUUUGAGAGAGUUCAAACUGAUGUCAAAAAAAUAAUUGAGAGACAGGAAAUGAUGCUGCUCGAAUUCUUUCAUCAACCUGCUCAAUCUCUACCUUUAAACAAACCGGUCACAGAUUAUCGAACUCAGUUCAGUGGAAUUCGUCCUGAAGAUCUCGUGAAUGCUCUUCCACUGAAAGUUGUCCGUCAGAAAGUCAUACGAAUUAUUAAAAAUCGUAUCGUAGUUGGUCAUGCAAUUUGGAAUGAUUUUGAGGUAUUAAGAUUAAGUCAUCCACAUUAUUUAAUUCGGGAUACUUGCACAGCUCCCUAUCCUAGAGUACGACUAGGAAGAGGUAAAAGGGGCUUAGUAGCCCUUCGUGACCUCUAUUUCGAGUUUUUUGGAAAGGAAAUUCAACAAAAUGAACACUCAUCAGUGGAAGAUGCGCGCGCGACUAUGGAAAUUUAUCGCCAAGUCGAAAAGGAAUGGGAGGCUGAUUUGAAAGGUAAUGAUCUUGAAAGCAAUACCGGUGGAUCGAGGAACGAGAUUUUUUCUAAAAGGAAGAAAAGUAGCAAAUCUUCUGGGUUACAAAUGCUUAGAGAUUCAACAUUCCCUGCCGGUCCCAUAGCCUUGGAUUGCGAGAUGGUUGGUGUCGGUGAGAAAAUGGAAAGCGCUUUAGCCAGGGCAACAAUAGUCGCUUAUGAUGGGACUGUGUUAUAUGAUGUUAUUUGCAAACCAGUCGAGGUUAUCACAGAUUAUCGCACUAAGUACAGCGGUAUUAGACCAAAAGAUAUGGUCCGAGCAAUCCCGUUCUCGGCUGUUCAGGAUCAAGUUAAGCGAAUAAUUGAAGAUAGAAUUGUUGUCGGCCAUGCGCUGUCGCAUGAUUUUGCAGUGCUUGACCUUCGUCAUCCCAGAGAAUUAAUUCGAGAUACAUCAAAAGCUCCUUAUGCAAAAACUAAAGCCCUCAUGAAAGGCAAUGCGAGCGUAUCUCUAAAACGCUUAUCGGCCAUUUUGCUCGGAAUUCAGAUCCAGGUCGGGGAACACAAUUCUGCAGAAGAUGCCAGAGCCAAUAUGGAAAUUUACAAAUUAGUGGAGAAAGAAUGGGAAGCCGGUAUUAAAGAAUCCUCCUCAAAACGUGGUGCUAAACGGCGAAACGAAGCUAUUGUAUCUCGACCAAAAGAGAACAUUAAUCCCCUUCCGCAAGAUAUUCCCGAUUCGGAAUUAUUGACUUGUGAUGCUAUCUGGGAGCCUCAAAAAUGUGAUUCCAUGUUGUAA